AUGACGCUCGUCCCCUGCUCGCUCCGGGGAGGCCCGCUCCGGCCUCGGGGACGGCGGUUGGUACACAACCCCAGAGCCAACGCCGAGCUGCCGGCCGGCCCGGGCUGGGAUCCUGCCGCCGCGGGCACCCUCUCGGUUCGAGGCCAGAGCAUCCCUUACCGUGAGCAGCACAAGGCGCGGCGGGGCCUCCGGGCGCAGAACGCGGGCUGGCUGCGCAGCCAGGCAGCGGGGACGGCAGCGGUUCCCCAGCCCUGCGCCGAACCCACGGGGCUGCAGGCGAGCGGCCAGCGGCUCCCUGGUGCUGGAAGCAAGGCCGAAGGCUGUGAGUACGCGCUACCUUCCUUUGGCUCUGCAGGGAGGCGAGGUGCCCGCGGGGUCCCCCCUGCCCCGGGCGCUGCCCCGAGCGGGUCCCAGUCACCCCCGGUCGCCGCCGCCCCGCAGCUGCCCGCGCCCCUGCCCAUUUCUCCGCUCUGCGUCGCAGGCGUAGCCAGGAUCUUGGCCUGCGAGGCCGGCGUGACCGACAUCGUCCUGCUGCAGGCCGCCCUCCUGCACGACACGGUGGAGCACACGGACACCAGCCCGGCGGAGCUGGAGGAGCGGUUCGGGGCGGAGGUGCGGGGCCUGGUGCAGGAGGUGACGGACGACAAGGCGCUGCCCAAGGCCGAGCGAAAGCGCCUGCAGGUGGAGCGCGCCCCCGGCAGCAGCCCGCGGGCCAAGCUGCUGCAGCUGGCCGACAAGCCGCACAAACCGGGGGGGACCGGGCCGGCCCCCGGCGCCGGCGCCGAGUGA